GGUUUUUCCAAACAAAGUAAGUCGCAUAGCAGUUAAUCAACACUUUUGCUCUGGAGAGCCCUUCAGCCUUGAAGAGGAUAAUUCGACCUUUAAUGGAAAGGUCACGUAAGAGCCAGAGGUCAAACCUCUUUUUCAUUUUAUCAAUAAUUGGAAAAAAAGUUAGUAUUACCUCUAUCAUUUUCAGUUUUUGAUGUUGUGCAUGUGUAUUUGCACGUGCGUGUGUCACAAGAUUGCGGGGUAACUUCCGGGGGAGGGUCCAGAGUGGAGUGGGCGUGUCUGCGUGAGGGAAACACUGGAUCGCUCUACCACGGCCACGCUGCAGAGGAGCAGCGCCUCCGACACGACCGCGAUGUCCGCCCUCCAGCGCACCGAGACCCGCACGGAAGGCCGCCGCCACGCGCGCCAGCCGCCUCACCCCCUCUAGGUCAACGUCUCCCUCCGCCGUUUCCUCCACAUGCUUCCCGGAGAUCUUUCCGGUUAGGCUGCUGGUCCGUCCCCGUCUUCUGCAGCUCCUCCUCCCGAUCGCCGUGGUGGUCCCGUCGCCGGGAUGGAGAAGCCGCUCUGCGGUACCGGGACCCACAAACCCAACUCGUCGGAGCUCCGCGGGAGCUCCCGGAAGCCCGCCGGCCGCAGCGGGUCGCACAGCCCCGGCUCCGGCGCGGCGGGAGCGGGAGGCAGUCGGGGGAGCGCGCAGGGCAACAGCUCCUCUCUGCAGCCGCAGACGCCGCAGGCGCAGACGCCGCAGGCGUACCGGCGGAGGCAGCUGGAAGGAGUUCUGAGCAAAUACACCAAUCUGAUCCAAGGCUGGCAGAACAGGUACUUUCUUGUAGAUUCUGAGCUGGGUCAGCUGCAGUAUUUCAUCAAUGAGCAAGGCAAGAGCCAGAAGCCUCGAGGAUCCCUGCCGCUCAUUGGAGCAUCAGUAACUGCCAGUGAUGAGGCGCCACACAUGUUCAUUGUAAACUCUGUGAAUGGGGAACUUUACAAACUCAGAGCUGGUGAUGCCAAAGAACAACAGUUCUGGAUCAAUCACCUUCAAGCAUGUGCCAGACGCUACUCUGACAGCAGUGCCACGGUGAGGAAGCUGAAAGGCUCAGAUGAACACCUGUGUGUGGACAGAGCUGGAGGAGGGCAGGAGGUGACGGGCUCCUCGUCCUCUGGCCGGACCCGUAGUUUUUCCCUCCUCCCCCACCUAACUCCAUCUUCAUCCCCAAGUUCCCAGAGGCACCCUGGCCACGCGGCCUCCCCCAGCAACAUCGUCACCAUAACCCACCACAAAUCCCCGGCUGCAGCUCGGCGGGCAAAGAUUCAAUAUCCAGGACGGCUGCUGGAGGUGAAGGAGGUGAUGUCCCAAGCAGAAGGCCAGCAGAAGAACCUGGUUCAGUCCAUUGACUCUCUCCCCACCAAAGGCCCGCUCUCCUGCCUGGACCAGGACCUGCUCCUGCUCAAAGCCACAUCGGCCGCCACCCUCAGCUGCCUGGGAGAGUGCCUGAACAUCCUCCAACGGACUCAGAGCAGCAGCGAGGGGCCCCGGGCCUCGCAGCACAACCAUGGAGCCCGCUCCGAUGGUGCUCCUGUGUGGACUGUACCAAAGUCGCCCUCGGGGGAGCAGUUGAAGAACGGAGGUCUGACUCCUCUAAGGUCAGCCGAGCUCUCGCCGACCCUCAGGAAAAGGAGUCUGUCUCAUGGUGCUGAGCGCCGCUCAGGGUUGGAGGACCACAGCCCCGCCGAGGAGGUGACGGACACGGAGGACAACGAGGAGGAGGAUCUGGGCGUCCUGGACGACCAGCGGAGCGUCAUCCUCCACCUGCUCUCCCAGCUGAAACUGGGCAUGGACCUCACACGCGUGGUGUUGCCCACCUUCAUUCUGGAGAAGCGAUCCCUGCUGGAGAUGUACGCCAACUUCAUGGCCCACCCCGACAUGUUCCUGUCCAUCACCAUGGGGGCCACGGCGGAGGACCGGAUCGUGCGCUUCGUGGAGUACUACCUGACGGCGUUCCACGAGGGCCGGAAGGGCGCCGUGGCCAAGAAGCCCUACAACCCCAUCCUGGGGGAGACCUUCCACUGCUCCUGGGACGUUCCUCGGGACAAAGUCAGGCCCCUGGCCCGGUCGAACCAGGGGUCGGCUCGGGAGCCCCCCAGGGGCCCGAACAACUCCCAGCAGGGCGAAGACCCACAGGGGGGCUGCUACAGGGUCAGAUUUGUUGCAGAGCAGGUGUCCCACCACCCGCCCGUGUCAGGGUUUUACUGCGAGUGUCGGGAGAGGAGGAUGUGCGUCAACGCUCACGUGUGGACCAAGAGCAAGUUCAUGGGCAUGUCUAUAGGCGUGUCCAUGGUGGGGGAAGGUGUCCUGUACCUCCUGGAGCACGAUGAGGAGUACGUCUUCUCGCUGCCCUCCGCCUACGCCCGCUCCAUCCUCACUGUGCCGUGGGUGGAGCUGGGGGGCAAAGUGUCCAUCAACUGCGCGAAGAGCGGUUACUCCGCCACGGUGACGUUUCACACCAAGCCUUUCUACGGAGGAAAGGUGCACAGAGUCACCGCCGAGGUCAAACACAACCCAACCAGCACCAUCGUGUGCAAAGCCCAGGGCGAGUGGAAUGGCACGCUGGAGUUCACCUACAGCAGCGGAGAAACCAAAAUCAUCGACACGUCGAAGCUCCUGGUCACCAAGAAGAAGCUGCGGGCCCUGGAGCAGCAGGGCAGGACGGAGUCCAGGCGGCUGUGGCAGCAUGUGACGAAGGCUCUGAAGGAGGGGAACAUGGACAAGGCCACGGAGCACAAACACCGGCUGGAGGAGAACCAGAGAGGCGAGGAGCGGCAGAGGGCGGCGGACAACCGACCCUGGACCCCCAAACACUUUACGAAGGAGGGAGACGGGUGGAUCUACAACAGGCCUCUGUGGAAAUCACCCUGACAGCGGUUCGUCUUCAGAACAAAAAUCCCAACUUCACGUGUCCCAGCAGACACACAACCAUCCAAACGAGGUGCCAAAGGGAUCCACACGUCCUCACUGACAAACUUCUGGAGUUACGGGACUAAAACGUAGUUUUUUUAUAGAAGCCCGUCGUUCUCCGGAGUGGAAUAUUUGUAUUUUUCACUUUGCGAAGGCCUUCUUUGGCACAAUCUUGGGUUUGUCAAACAUCGUCCGUUUUUAGUUUUUGCCUUUAGAGCAGAUCAGUACGACACCACACUGUAGCCGUGACCGUUUAUCAAGCACUUUUAUUCUAGAGAGAAAUCAACUAUUUUAUACUGGAACUGGCUUUUAGAGACUCAGAGCUUUACAGGAAAAACAUCAAAUAUUCUACUUUCAUUCUUGUCAGUAUAUAUAUAUAUAUUAUUACACAGUAUAUUAGAGAAAAAAGGAAGGUCCUGAUUGUUGAGUCUGCACUAUGAAUGUAUUUAGGCACAUUUGAGUCCUGCUUGGCGUUUUCUGUCAGAGUGAAUGCGGCCAAAACACAUCUCCAUUUCUACCUCUCUCUCUCUCCACGUCAACGUGAGCUUUUAUUUUGAAAAGUGUUUAGAAUCGCUCCCGUCUUCCUGUUUUUCUAAACUUCACCCCCGACUGGACGCUCGUGGAGUCUGAGUAGCUUCUUUGUAGUCCAAAAGUCUUCAACUCAAAGCUCGACGGACGACGUUUAAGAGAACCAGGAAGCAGCUCGGACAGAAAGAUCUGGAUGAUUGUGAAUAAUAAAGACCUUCUACUGUUUUUUUAUUUA